CACCUUCUCUGACUUUUUUUUCGCGUCGCAUUCAAUCAAAAACCACCUUUUCGUCUGCGGUUUAUCAACCAACAUCAAAACCACAUCGCGUCGAUCUUUAUCUAUACAAAACAUUCGUUUAGAGUUGAUCUAUUGAUCUCAUAAUAAACAAGAUGUCUGACUUCGGUGAUGAGGGUGAUGUUGGAGGAGACGAGCCUAUGUACGAGGAUGAAGAGGUCUUCGAAGACGAGCUUGACCCUGAAGUUCUCGAUGAAGAUGAAGAGUUCAAUCGUCGACACUUAGAAGAGGAAGAGGCCACCGUCAUCGGAGGCGACCCGUCUGCUGCCGCAAACCGAACCAAGGCGACUACAAAGUCCCACAAAGACAAGAAAGUCCCUAACGAAGAACGAAUCACCACCCCGUACAUGACCAAGUAUGAGCGAGCUCGUGUGUUGGGUACUAGGGCGCUACAGAUCAGUAUGAAUGCCCCUGUCCUCGUGGAUCUAGAAGGAGAGUCCGAUCCGCUUCAAAUUGCCAUCAAAGAACUUCGCGAGAAGAAGAUUCCGCUGAUCAUCCGCCGUUACCUGCCUGAUGGCUUCUACGAGGACUGGUCGUGUGAAGAGCUACUCCAGUGAAUUGACUACUGCUAGAGUAUUUUCCUCUGGGUCAAAUACAAUUUGGUCCUUGCAUCGCCUCUGGGAUCGCCCCAAGAUACUCUCGAUUUCGUCACGGGUAGGAUAAGGCUGGCUUAUAGGAAGGCCGAAAAAGAAUGAAUCGUCAGAUGGUUAAAGAGAAGUGUGCAUGAGCAUUGGAGUUUGUGGUUUGUUUAAGGAAUAUAUCAGAUUUUCCCCGGGCAUAGUCCUUCUUGAUACGCCUCAUUGUAGAGCCAACAUUCAAUCGGCCUAUAAUACGUUAUCUAAUUACCUCGCUAGGCAAAUGUAGAUUGCAUCAUAAUGUUUUCUAUAGCUAUGGCAACGCCUGUCAGCCUCAGCUGAACGGGUAGACACCCCAUGACAAACGACAAUCACAUACGUCAGCAGUGAGAUAUAUUGCCAGAUACGGCGAGACGUUCUUACCGAGUUUACCGAUAGUCUUGCCGUUAACUGUGGUUUUCUCGAUUGCGUUGUUAUUGCGUAUAUCAGAUCUAAUAGCAAAGGAACGAAACAGAUAAUUUGUUUCGAUAUCCUGCAUUCGUGAACAUUGCCCAUACUAAUAUAUGUGCUGCUG